AUGGCGACCUCGGUGGAGAGAUCUCCAGAAAGCGGAGAAGAUGCUUAUUCUACAAUACGAGGAGAACUCAAACAGUAUUCAUUUCAGACGGAACCAGUUCCUAGACUACAUCAUUUGGACCCUCGAGUCGAAGCUUUAAUGAGAGCCGAGAAACCUGUUGUUAUCACAGAUACAAAUUUAGUUAAAUCAGCAUUUCAUUGGGAUGCUGACUAUUUAUCCUCUAAUAUUGGAAGUGCCAAACAAACAGUAUAUUCAUCAUACAAAAAUAAGUUUUUAUAUUAUGAUGAUAAAAAAUUACCCCAGUUUCCAGAUUUACAGUUAGCAACAAAACACGAAGAAAUGACUUUUAAAGAGUUCACAGAAAAGGUUAAAAACCAUAAAAAGGGUGAUAAAAUCUACUAUUUACAGCAAGCUUUAAAUGACAGUGUUGGGAAGAGUUUAGUCUUAGAUUUUAUUAAAUUUAAUUGGAGUUGGGCAACAGAACAACAGAAAAAAUAUAAAUGGGGAGCACUGACAUCUAACUUAUUGUUAGUUGGUAUGGAUGGUGUGAUAACUCCAGCUCAUUAUGAUGAACAACAAAAUUUUUUUGCUCAGAUCGGUGGCUUCAAAAGAUUUUUAUUAUUUGAUCCAUCAAUGUUUGAAUGUUUAUAUCCUUAUCCAGUUUAUCAUCCUCAUGAUAGACAGAGUCAGGUAGACUUUGACAAUCCAGAUCAUGAACGAUUUCCCAAUUUUAGAAACUUGUAUGGACAGGAAGCCAUAGUUGGACCUGGGGAUGUUUUGUACUUACCUAUUUAUUGGUGGCACCAGGUAGAAUCUGUACCUAAUCAUGGUAUGACAGUGUCUGUUAAUUUCUGGUAUAAGUCUGGUACAGAAGAAAAAAUAGUUUAUCCUUUAAAACCUCAACAAAAAGUAGCCAUGAUGAGAAAUAUUGAGAAAAUGGUAACUAGUGCUAUUAAUAACCAUGAAGAGGUGCCCCACUUACUGAAAACAAUGGUAUUAGGACGUUAUACAUAAAGACAUAAAGCCGCUGUUAACCUGUGAUGUUUUUUAACAAGAAUAUUUUUUAUAUUUAAUUUAAUUCUCAUAUUUACCAAUCCAUGUUUUAUAUUUUCCAUUUGAUGUACCCAGCGUAUUUAUAGUGAGUGAAAAGCUUUAAGUUUUUAUACAUGCACAGUAAAUGUGGAUAAAUAUUUGUUAUAUUCCAAUGAGGAAUGAUGUAUUUUAGAUGUAAUCAUAUAUAUUUCCCUUAGUGAUUAUUAGUGAUAAUCUGUAUUUUCAUUACUAUUGCCCUAAAGUUGAUUAAUUUAUCUCAAUAUUUUGUAUGAAUCAAAUAAAUUUAAGUAAGAAUAUACAAUAAAUAUUGUCACUGUUAAAAUAGUGCCCAAUACAUUAAUUGAAUAGCAAUAUAGAAAUAUUAAAACAGAACUUAAAAAAAAACAUGUUGUUUGUCAGAUAAGUUAAUGAGUUCUGAAAAUUGUUUUAUUUUUGGUAAUUUAUUAUGUCAAAAUGUUGAUUUCAUUUUACAUGUUACAAAAUUUUGUAUUUCCAUGGUUACUCCAGGUAUCAUUUCUUCCCCAGUUGUUUGAAUACUUCUUUAUGAUGUAGCAAUUUAUUUAGUCACAUUUUAAAGCUUACAGUUAAACUGUCUAGAUUGUAAAAAUUCUCCAAUGUCUUCCACGAAAGAGAUGAUGUGGGGUGAAAAAGAUUUUUUUUUUGUAAAUUGAGGUCAAAGAAUACUUAUUAUUAGAAGCAAAAGUUUUAUCAGCAUAUUAAAGGUUUAACAAUUUACAUUACUAUACUUUUGCCUAUCAGAGGAUAAGUUUUAUCUGUUGGUGCUAGAAGCCUUAAACAUUAAAUCAUAGUUAUGCCUUGAAGUCAGAACAUUUAUGGGAUAUCCCAGGCAAGUCCUUUAAAACUGUUAUACCUGUGAAGUAAGAAAUAUAAUAAUAUUUCUUUUGAGAGGAAAAGCUCAUAAAAUUGUGACUUGACUUAUAUUUUAUUGAAAUAUAAGCUUAAAAGCUGUUGUUAUAUAAUUGUUUGGUUUCAAUUACUAUUAAUUCUAGACUGUUGUAGGACAUUAUUGAUUAAUUUGGCGACAUCUCUAUCCCUGAAAGUGCAUAAUAUGUUGAAUGAUUACAUCCUAUAUACAACAUCUUAAAGAUUGUAUUAUAUUUGUUUUAAAAUCAUUGUGUUUGUAUCAAAGUGAAUGUUAAGAUUGUGCUGUAUAUAUUUCAGUAUUUUUUCUUAAAUUAAAAUGUUAUAAAUUGA